UCCCAUCCGAACCUACCAUAUUCGCCACGUGUCCCCCGAUAGAUGGUUAGGACCCAGGCUCGGCAACGAGCCACGUCGCGCGUUCACAGUUUCUCGCCCCAACCACCCCCACUCUUCUUCUUGCACUCACUCCCAUGUUUUCCAGUUUUCUCCUUCACCUGCAACACACACAGUGAGAGAGAGAGAGAGAGAGAGAGAGCCACUCGGUGAUCGUUUCUCCUUCCCUCUCCCAAUUCAAGCUCAUCAUCGUUCGAUCAUGUCAGGUGGUGUUCUGCUGCAACUUUUGUGACAAAUUGAGUACGAGAAUAUUUCCUAGAUGGGUGGUGCGUGUUCUAGGAAGCAAGAGAGGGAUAGUGAGGAAAGUUUCGGUAGAGGGUUUUCACGAAGAUAUUGCAAAUGUGGGAGUUUGAAGUGGUGGACAUCCUCAUUUUCUUAUCCAUCUGGGGAUUUGCACUUACAAAAAGGAGAAUGUCCAUUGCUGUUGCACUUGUGCAUCCAGAAAAUAAAUGAGGAUAUUGAUAAAUAUAACACAUUUUCUAUGCUCCCACGGGAUAUAAGUCAGCAAAUUUUUAAUAAUUUGGUUUACUCCCAACGUCUAACGGAUGUUUCCCUUGAAGCUUUUCGAGAUUGUGCUCUCCAGGAUCUUUACUUGGGAGAAUAUGACGGUGUUAAUGAUUCUUGGAUGGAUGUCAUCUCAUCUCAGGGUGAAUCCUUACUUUCUGUAGAUCUUUCUGGGUCUGAUGUCACUGAUUUUGGGCUGACGUACCUUCAAGAUUGUCCAAGUCUCAUGUCCUUACACCUAAAUUACUGUGACCAAAUUUCAGAUCAUGGACUGCAGUCUAUCAGUGGUCUGUUAAACUUGACAAGUUUGAGUCUUAGAAGAAAUGAUUCAAUAUCUGCUCAAGGAAUGAGUACCUUUUCUGGUCUUGUGAACUUGGUCAAGUUGGAUUUGGAGAGAUGUCCUAGGAUUCAUGGAGGCCUUGUUCAUCUUCAAGGUUUAACCAAGUUGGAAUCUCUCAAUAUAAAGUGGUGUAAUUGCAUAACAGACUCUGAUAUGAAGCCUCUAUCAGAGCUUGCAAGCUUGACAAGUCUAGAGAUUUCUUGCAGUAAAGUCACUGAUUUUGGCAUCACUUUUCUAAAAGGAUUAAAAAAGCUUGCCCUAUUAAAUUUGGAAGGGUGCCUUGUAACAGCUGCCUGCUUGGAUUCUCUCGCAGAGCUUCCUUCACUUUCAAACUUGAAUCUUAAUAGAUGUGCUCUUUCUGAUGAUGGAUGUGAAAAGUUUUCAAGACUGGAAAAUUUGAAAGUAUUAAACUUGGGAUUUAGUGACAUAGGAGAUACCUGUUUAGCUCACUUGAAAGGAUUGACUAAGUUGGAGAGCUUGAACCUUGAUUCGUGUAAGAUUGGUGACGAAGGAUUGGUGAACUUGGCAGGCCAUAAGCAAUUGAUCUGCUUGGAAUUGUCUGAUACAGAAGUUGGAAACAAUGGCCUAGAACAUUUAUCAGGAUUGUCUAGUCUGGAGAAAAUAAAUCUGUCAUUCACCGUGAUAAGUGAUAGUGGUUUAAGGAAAUUGCGUGGACUCUCAUCUCUGAAGUCACUUAAUUUGGAUGCCUACCAAAUUACUGAUGUUGGACUGGCAACCCUUACAAGUUUGACUGGCCUCACUGACCUCGAUUUGUUUGGCGCAAGAAUUACAGAUUUGGGGACAAACUAUUUGAAAAAAUUUAAGAAUCUGAGGUCCUUGGAAAUAUGUGGUGGAGGAUUGACUGAUUCUGGUGUGAAAAAUAUCAAAGAUCUUUCUUCUCUAACAUGCUUAAAUUUAUCACAAAACAGCAACCUUACGGACAAAACCCUGGAGUUAAUUUCUGGGCUUACUGGGUUGAUUUCUUUGAAUGUUUCAAAUUCUCGAAUCACCAAUGCUGGACUGCGGCAUUUGAAAACGCUCAAGAACUUGAGAUCUCUGACAUUGGAGUCCUGUAAGGUGACAGCAAAUGACAUUAAGAAACUUAAAUCAACAUACCUCCCUAAUCUGGCAUGCUUUCGGCCUGAGUAGUUGCUUUAGGCUGUAUUCUAGUCUGUGUAUGUAUGAUGCCUGGCAUGUUCGAGGCAUGGCAAGAGAAUCAAACUGUACAUAUAGAAUAAUGCUUUUGUGGAAGGUGUGAAUUGCCUCCCGUGGUGCGAACUUCUUAUUUUCCAUAUUGUAUAUAUGAUUUGUAUAUAUGAUGUAAAAAGAAUGAUUCUAGGGUGUGUUUGCUGCGCCUUUAAAUUUUAAAGGUGUAGAACCGGCAACUAAGUGAAUAACUAUUUAUCGAACUCGUUCUAAUAGAUUAAUAAUUCUUAUUUUC